AUGAAUGAUGCUGCUAUCAAAAUUGAGAGUGCUUACAGAGGUUAUUCAACUCGAAAGCGUCACCUAAGGGUGACUCGUUGUGUUCUCUUACUUCAAAGAAGGCGACGAGCCACAACUUUGGGCAGAAAAGCGAUGAUUGACUACCAAAGAAAACGACGGUCAGUGAAAUUUCUCCAAUCACAGGUCCGUGGUUUUAUUGCAAGAAGAAACUACAGUGAUAUCCUAAGGAAAAUUAUUUCUCUUCAAUCCGCUGUACGUGGCAUGCAGGCGCGUAAGAAGUAUCUAAAAACAUGUGAAGCUGCCUUUGUCAUUCAGGAACGUUAUCGUGCCCACAAGAAAGGUUUGAUGAUUAAAAAAAGAUAUCAUCUACAACGAGGUGCUUGUAUUACCAUUCAGGCUAAUGUAAGAAGAUGGUUAUGCAGAAAACGAUAUCAGAGCAUGCGCGAAGCGAUUGGAACAAUCCAGUUAUAUUAUAGAGCAAGUUGUUGGGCCAAAGUGGAACGGAGGAUGUUCCUUAAAACAAGGAGUGCGAUCGUGACCAUGCAGGCGUUCAAACGUGGCUGGUUAGCACGUCGCAAAAUUCAACGACAACGCACUGCUACACGUAUUCAAAGUUACUGGAAGAUGCAUGUUGCAAGACAAAGGUAUUUAUAUCAACGUGCAUGUGUUGUACGGAUACAAUGUUAUUUCCGUUUGUGGGUGAACCGUAAAAGAUACCUCGCCUUGAGAAAAACGGCAAUUUUCAUCGAGACUUGUUACAGAGCAAAAAUACUUGGCAAGAAGGAACGAGAUCACUAUAAAAAAGUGAAAAGAUCUUGUAUUAUAAUUCAACAUGGUUACCAGAAAGAGCGAGAAUACGUGGAAAGAAGAAAGAACAUCAUAUUUAAAGCUGAAAAAUACACCAUUUCUCUGCAGAGUUUAUUUCGUGCAAAACGCGAUGAAAUGAGUUACAUGCUUACUCGAAACACCAUUAUAAAGCUUCAAGCUAUGUUGCGUGGGAAACAUGCACGAAAAGUGUUUCAAAGAUCACGUUCAGCUGUUAUCGUGUUACAACGUGCACAACGAACACGGAUGUUGGGAAAAGGAGAACGGAUUCAAUUCAUGGAAAAACGAAAUAGUACUGUGCGUAUUCAAAGUCUUAUAAGAAUGCACUCACAGCGAACACGCUAUUGCAAAUUACGACACGCGGUAAUCAUUGCACAAACACGUUUCCGUGUGAAACGAGCGCGCAAAACUUACCAAACAAUGCGUACAGCUGCCAUAAUUAUUCAACGAGCGGAACGUGCCAGAGUUCUUGGAAAGCAACAGAGAGUGGAAUUUUUAAAACUGAAAUGUAAAGCUGUUUUAAUUCAGAGUUUGGUACGAUGUCACACACAAAGAAUACGUUAUCUUAAAAUAAAACACGCUACCAACAUCAUUCAAGCGUAUGUUCGUGGCAAGAAAACACGACGUUUUUAUAAACAACUACAUAAAGCUACACUGGUUAUUCAAAACCGCGUGCGAGCAAAACGUUUUGGUAGAAAAGACCGUCAAACAUUCCAGCUGAAGCGACAUUCAGUUAUUGCUAUACAGAGUUGGUUUAAGGCUUGCAAAAGAAGGCGGGAAUUUUUACAACUGAGAAAUGCCUCCGUAUUGUUGCAAGCCUUCUGGAGGGGAUCACAUCAACGAAAGAAAUACAAAGAAAUGAAGAAGGCAGCAGCUUGUAUUCAACAGCAUUAUCGUGCUCUUAAAACGGGAGAAGAGAAGAGACAUCGUUUUCUUGUCGUCAAACGGUUUGCCACGAAAACGCACAUCAAUCUCAUGGCAAUACGUUUACAACGAGCAUAUCGUAAAGCCAUGGCGAUUGCUCUGUUGAAAGCUAAGAUCGAUAGCGUGGUGAUAGUACAGCGAUGGUGGCGAGCUAAACUCCAGAGGAAAUUCUAUCUACGAACUCUGCAUUUCAUUCGUCUUCUCCAAAAGAAAUGGCGCACACGACUUACCAUAAUGCACCAGUCAGCGACAAGAAUUCAGGCAGUUGUGAGAUGUUUUUUAGCUCGAAGGUUUGCUCGAAAAAAUAUGAAAGCAAUCAUCAAUAUACAGAGAACGUGGCGAGGUUACAACGUUCGAAAGCGCUUCAACUCGAAGAAGUUUAGAAAACUAAGAGAGCGAAUUAUUGUGGCUAAUUCCAACGUCACCGAGUCCAUGAAGCUUUGCAAUCGUACUCGUUCUGCACUCGACUAUUUACUAAAUUGUAAGAAUUUAACAACGGUCCGUGAAGCUCUGGUUAAUCUUGAGGUUGCAACAAGAUGGACAUUCAAGUGUUCACAACAACUGGUUGAGAAUAACGCUCUCCGUGUUAUUUUUCAAAUUAUCCGAGACUCAAAUAGGAGUCUACCUCACAUGGGAUUGAUCAAACAGGCGUUAGAUAUUUUCACCAAUGUGUCCAAGUGUCCAGCCACCCAGGAUGCCGUGGUUUUAAAAGAAGAAAAUGCAUUGGAAACCAUACUUGAACUCGCGUGUAUUUUUCGCGAGAAAAAGGAAAUUUUCCUCAGCGUUGCAAAGCUACUUACAAUUUUAUGUACUCACGAAAACAGAACGGUGAAGUCUUUUUAUCCAAGAUUGUGUUUCAUUAUCAUGGGUACAUCCUCUGUAUCAACCCCAACGUUAAUAAGAAGAUCACAACUGUCCGUUACAUCACCUUCAACGCCAAUUGAUUUUCUUUCACCAACCAGCCAGUUAAGACGCAACCGUCCCAUACUUUUAUCAACGCAGUCACAAAACGGUGUACUUGCUGAAAAUGAUGAUGCUACCGAGAAACAGCAAAGACAGAAGUCCAGGGUGAAUGCUUUGGUUGUACAAAGCCCCGUAUUAUCACCAAAGUGUACAUGUCGACAAACGCCAAAUGAAGGUAUCAAUAUAUCAGUAAGCAUAAUUGACGACGUACUUGUUCAUGGAAAGACAAAAAAUGAACACGACAGUAGACUGAAAGUUGUGCUGAAAAAAUUUGAUAAUGCUGGAAUAACACUAAAUCCUGAGAAGUGUGAGUUUGCUAAGAAGAUUGUAAAGUUUGCAGGUAAUAUAGUGAGUGAAGAUGGAAUUCAAGUAGACCCAGAAAAGAUUGAAGCAGUACCAGGUAUGGAAGUGCCACAAAUGUGA